AUAGAGUUCUGUAGAGACGUCAAUGCAUUUAGUGCGCGUCGCUGGUUGGCAUGCUGUUGGAGAGGAAGCAUACGAACAGAGCCCGCUGUCAGUCGGACUCUUAAAACCGAAAGGACUUUAAAUGGUUUCUGGAUAUUUGUGUGUACUUCUGUAAUUGUAAUUCGCAUGAUAUAAAAUUUUGUGUGAUUCGGCAAGGAAACCUGAACUCCAGCAUGAACGCCGACUCAGAUUUGGAGCAACUUAUGAGUCAUAUUGGUGAUUUCGGGACAUACCAGUUUCGACAGUCACUACUACAUAUGCUUGCAGCCCUCACCGCAGGGCUCCAUAUGCUCACCCUCGUUACCGUGGCGGCUGUUCCAGAUCACAGAUGUGCGGUCCCAGGUCUUGAUGAGAAUGGGACAGUGUCAUUCUGGAACUCAAAAGAGGUGUUGGCUGCAAUCCCAAAUACCAAGGAUGGUGUAUUGGACUCAUGUCACUUAAUGGAUCCCAUCAUGAAUAUAUCUGUCAAAUGUAAUAAAUGGAUUUAUGACAACACGUACUAUCAGUCUUCAAGAGCUAUUGAGUGGGAUCUGGUGUGUGACAGACGAUGGAUGGGCGCUGUGGCCCAGACUGCCUACAUGUUGGGUGUAUUCACAGGAGCUGUUGUGUUAGGCAGCAUGGCAGACAAAUAUGGUCGAAAGAUUAUUCUGUAUAUUUCGGCAGUCUUGCAGCUGGUUCUUGGUGUGGGAGUUGCUUUUGUUCCAGAGUAUUACAGCUUCCUGGUAAUAAGAUUCUUGUACGGAAUUUUUGGUUCUGCUGGGGCCUACAUUACUGGGUUUGUGCUUUCAAUGGAGAUUGUAGGUCCUUCAAAGAGAACAGUUAUUGGAGUCUUGUUCCAAGCAUUUUUUGCAACAGGUCUAAUGCUUGUCGCCUUUUGGGGCUUCUUUAUCAAAGAUCGGGUUGUGCUACAGGUUAUAUAUGGACUCCACAGUUUGCUACUAAUUGGACACUGGUGGACUGUAGAUGAAUCGCCACGCUGGCUUUGGGCACAAGGACAAUUUCAUAAGGCUGUAGCCAUAGUGGAAAAAGCUAUGAAGCAGAAUGGUUGUACAGAGGAACUGGAUGUUGCAUACUUUGUUUCUAAAGGAAAAGCAAAGACUGCUGUUCAUGAAAAUGAUAGAGCAAGCCUUGCUGAUUUGGUUAAAACACCUAAUCUACGCAGUAGAACUUUCAACAUUGUUCUUAACUGGUUUGCCAAUAGUUUGGUUUAUUAUGGACUUUCUCUCAACACUGGGAAGUUGUUUGGCAACCCCUAUCUCGUUCUUUUUAUUGUUGGAUUAGUCGAGUAUCCCAGCUACAUAAUGAUUGUUCUGCUAAUGGAUCGUUUGGGACGACGUAGUCUUCUCAGUGUGCUCUUAUUGCUGGGAGGUUUAUCCUGCAUAAUAGCAGUCUACAUACCUCAAGAUACACAAGCUGGCAGUAUUUCAGCAACUACUGUUGUGAUGCUUGGAAAAUUUUUUGUUGCUGGAUCUUUUGCUAUAGUCUACAACUACACUGCCGAGCUCUUCCCUACAGUGGUGCGAAAUACAGCUCUGGGUAUUGGAAGUAUGGGUGCUCGUCUGAGUGGCGCUCUCACUCCCUUGAUCACAUUAUUGGAUUCCUUUGACAAGAGACUUCCUUCAAUUAUAUUCGGUGCCAUUGCUGUGAUAUCAGGAUUGCUUGCCCUUCUACUUCCUGAGACUCUUAACCAGCCUAUGCCUCAAACUCUGGAGGAUGGAGAGAAAUUUGGACAGGGAGAUACGGCUUUAAAUGCUUGCUGUAAGAAGAGAUCUAGAGGGCAGAAAUAUGACCUACCAUUAUCAUAUUUGGACUAAGUGUAUACACGAAUUUCCAGAUGUGUUAAGGUUUGUGUGUGAUGGUAUGAAAGCUUGUUCUAGUUGGCAGACAUAAAAUAGGAAGAUGUUAAAAAUGUAGAUUGAGAACUAGAAUAUUUGUAGCAGUUGUCCAGAUGUGUACAGACAUGCAGUGUCCUCUUAAAUUCUUCAUAAAGUAUCAUUUAAUUCUGAUUAAAAGGAUUGGAUCUUGAAUCUAGAAUAAAACAAUUAUAAUUAUUUGAAUGACCAUUUAAUCCUUAUCUAUGUGAGAAUUCUGAGUUUCUGUUAAGUGCUGCAUUUCACCUGUCUUCACAAGGAUAUAUCUUACAUAGAAAGAAUUUCCACUCCACUUUGAAUUCUAGAAUAUGUUAACCAUUAUUGGCCAUGCAUUGUGGCUUAUGCAUGGUUCCCAUUAGUUAUGUGUCAGUAGUAUACCACUACCGUUAAACCACUAAAAGCUACAAUCCAUCUUGCAGCCCUGUAGCAUGAGUAUGUAAAUUCCCUAUUCCAAAAUAAUAAUGUUUAAUAAGAAAAUAAGGAAAAGUAUGUGGAGGCAGAAUAUACUGUACUUGAUUAUUUUGACAAAACUGUUAAAACUACUUUUGUGUAUGGCAAAGUCGUCAUUAUUAUUAACAGAUGAAAUUCAGAGAAAAUCUGCAAAACUAAAAUACAUAAUGAGCAGUUAAGAAAGGAUAAAGUGUGAAUGAACUUUUUUAUUGAAGGCUGAAGAAAAUGUUGAAUAAACAGGCAAACGUUUCA